AGGUAAUCGUUUUGAAAAAAAAAAUCCUACGAUUAUCCUCUUAAGUUGGAUUGAAUAUUUGGAGAAGAAAAAAAAUUUUACACGCGCUCCAACAAUUCAUUGAUCCGUUCCUAUUUUCGUUUGACAACCAAUGCAUGGGGGUAUCAACAGUUAUAGAGUACCAAGUGUUGACAACAACCAAUAAUUUCAUUCAAACGUAUCAGAUAAUGUACCAUGAUUAGAAGUUAACAGGUUCGUAACCUGAAAGAUAUUUAACAGCCUCCGUCAAGAUGAUCGGGGGACUGUUUGUCUAUAACCACAAAGGGGAGGUGCUGAUUUCCCGAGUUUACCGCGAUGAUAUUGGCAGAAAUGCCGUUGACGCGUUCAGGGUGAAUGUGAUUCACGCGCGUCAGCAAGUCAGAUCUCCCGUCACCAACAUUGCUAGGACUUCGUUCUUCCACAUAAAACGAGCCAACAUCUGGUUGGCUGCUGUUACGAAGCAGAAUGUUAACGCCGCUAUGGUAUUUGAAUUUUUAUUGAAGAUCAUUGAGGUAAUGCAAUCUUAUUUUGGCAAGAUUUCCGAGGAAAACAUCAAGAACAACUUUGUUCUCAUCUAUGAAUUGCUCGAUGAAAUUUUGGACUUUGGAUAUCCACAAAACUGCGAUACGGGUGUAUUGAAGACGUUUAUCACUCAGCAGGGAGUUAAGUCAGCUACAAAAGAGGAACAGGCACAGAUUACAUCUCAGGUGACAGGUCAAAUAGGGUGGCGUAGAGAGGGAAUUAAAUACAGGCGCAACGAAUUAUUCCUUGACGUUCUUGAAUAUGUCAAUUUAUUGAUGAGCCCUCAGGGCCAAGUGCUCAGCGCCCACGUAGCCGGCAAGGUGGUAAUGAAAUCCUAUCUAUCAGGGAUGCCUGAAUGUAAAUUUGGCAUCAAUGACAAGAUAGUGAUGGAUGCAAAGGGUGUUAAGGGAGGUGGUGGUAGCUUAGGUAGUGCAGGCGACGAUCCUGGGGCUAGAUCUGGAAAGCCUGUUGUAGUUAUCGAUGAUUGCCAAUUUCAUCAAUGUGUGAAGCUCUCAAAGUUUGAGACGGAACAUUCCAUCAGUUUUAUCCCACCAGAUGGUGAAUUCGAACUAAUGAGAUAUCGAACUACCAAGGAUAUAUCAUUGCCAUUCCGUGUAAUACCUUUAGUCCGUGAGGUGGGACGUACUAAGAUGGAAGUCAAGGCAGUUCUUAAAUCCAAUUUCAAACCCUCGUUGCUGGGACAAAAGAUUGAGGUCCGCGUCCCAACGCCAUUGAAUACUGCUGGCGUGCAGUUGAUCUGUUUAAAAGGAAAGGCUAAGUAUAAGGCAUCUGAGAACGCGAUUGUAUGGAAGAUAAAGCGAAUGGCCGGGAUGAAGGAGACACAGUUAUCCGCUGAGAUUGAUUUAUUGGAAACUGAUACAAAGAAAAAAUGGACCCGACCACCUAUUUCCAUGAACUUUGAGGUUCCAUUCGCUCCAUCUGGAUUCAAAGUUCGUUACUUGAAAGUAUUUGAAUCAAAACUGAAUUACUCCGAUCACGAUGUCAUUAAGUGGGUCAGAUACAUUGGACGAAGUGGUCUGUAUGAAACACGAUGCUAAUCAUCUAAUUGUCAAAGAUAAAAUGGUAUAAAAAAAAAAAAAGAAAAAGUAAUCUCAUUCUCGGACGUAUAAAUACGAAUAAUACAAAUAUACUAAGAAUAUAGCUGCGUUUUGCACCUGGGACUUACGGUAUAAAAACAGACUCAAAACUUGUUGAUAUUUAGUCGUGUGAAUCAUUAGUCCCUUGUGAGUUUGAAAGAAAAAAAAAAACAAAUUCAAUUCGGCUAUGUAAUUGAGGUGUUACUAACCUUAAGCAACUGCGCAGUCUCUCGAGAUAUUCUCUAAGAAUCAGCACAAAAAUAACAUUCCAUCUUGAACGGCAUUUGAGAUCAUCAGCGUGGCUGUUCUCAUAAGAAAAAUGCAACAAUACUUUCCAUACAAUUGCUCGUUUUAAUCAACUGUCAUUGUUUUAUGACGAUUAAAAUGAUGCUAGCUACAAUGAUUGUGAAAUAUACUAAUGAAAAAUAAAACAACAUUAAAAUAAAAGAUUUCUCUGGAGAUGUGCCCGGCUGGUCCAUGGUCACUUUAAAAGCGUGUCUGAAAUGUAGCUUCUGUCUCUCUAUGUUAUAUCCAUGUUAUAUGUAUCGAAAAAAUGCAUGAUUAAACUUUAGUGCAGUGUAUAAAUUGGUUUUCAGUUAUACACAAGAUUAUAAGAGAAAUAAAGCAAAACAUCCAUUACUUAAA